CGACCGUUUUCAGUCCUACAUUAUCGAUGAUAUAUUGCGAUCGUCGGUGGCAGGUUGCGAGACAAGCGACUUUUGAGGGCGACGUGAGCCGAUUGAGUGCGGAAGUUUCGUGGUUCGACGGCAUAUAGUUCUGAUUGGUUGGCUCUAGUCCCACGCUUGAACUGGUGUUUUUGAGAUGUUCUUAUUGGUCCAGAUCCGCGGUCAUGGCUUGAUGAUCCCCCUCAGCCUCCAAAACCACUCCAUUCGUAGUCGUUUCAGGCUGCUUUAUUCUAUUCUUUUCAAGUUUAGCGUCGUUUGUAGUCUCUCUGGGGUAAUCGUAGCUACUAAACGCAGUAGUGGACCUUCGAGACACAAUUCUCUGUCUACUACUAUAGCCGCGAACAUCGCUGAAUAUAUACCUCGCAGAAGGAGACGCAGACACAACAGAUUAUCAAGCCUAAAUUUCCAGAUCGAUCGAUCGGUUUUGUGGCACGAAUCAUGCGUCGGCCCCCUCUCCCGAGCCAAGCUUCAUGUGUCGUGGUUUUAUAUGCCUAGCUUGGGGUGGUGGCGUAGGCCUGGCUGGAUGCGCGCGGGACGAUGCUGGUUCUUGUCCAAGGGCCAGGGCGUCUCGCUCGGUCGUUGCUCUCUUCGGAUUCUGCAAGGAACGAAGGGUGCUCUGGAAUGACGUAGGCGACGCUCACACCGGCCUGCCUACACACACUGCCAUCGCGAGCGUCCACGAACGA